AUGGCGGUCUCAUUUGAAGAGCUCACGAUAAAGACGGAUUCGGGAUCGCCUUACCAACUUAAUGCUGAUCAGGUGGUUCGAGCAUCCACGGCACUGCUCAAGCACAUAAAAAGCGAGGUGAAAAAUCCGGCCGAAGACUCAACUACCAGGCAGUUACCUUUCGACGAUGAUAGUGACGCUGAAGACGGGGGAGAGGCCGGGGAUACCGUCCCGGUCUGGCUAAUUCUUACAACAAAAAAGCAUGUUGUUGACAAAAAUCGUUUAAAACCUGGGAAGAUAGCUGUGCCUCACCCUCUCAACACGUCGCCGUCACUUCGUAUUUGUCUGAUUACUGCAGACCCCCAGCGUGAGGUGAAGAGCGUUAUUGCAGAUGAAACGUUUCCUAAAUCUCUAUCAUCCCGAAUCACAAAAGUCAUUGGCUUCUCAAAACUAAAGGAACGUUACAAGAGUUUUGAAAGCCGACGUCAGUUAUUCGCCGAGCACGACGUAUUCCUCGCAGAUGAGCGGAUUGUACUACGUCUGGUUCAGACUCUGGGAAAGACCUUUUAUAAAUCCAGCAAGAAACCUAUCCCCAUUCGAAUCGAAGAAAUUCAAAAGGUCAAUGGAAAACGCGUGAAGAAGGAUGAGAAGAAGAGGCCUCCUCCCGGCGAAAAGUUUGCUGCCGUUGCGUCUGUUGCCGUCGUUGCUAAGGAAAUUGAGAAGGCCCUCGAUUGCGUCCCUGUCCACCUAGCACCUUCUACAACUGCUGCCGUGCGGGUGGGGACGUCGGCAUUUUCAUCAGCUCAAAUCGCGGAAAAUAUUGAGGCAGUAGUUAAAGGCAUGACGGGCAAGUUUAUCGCAAAGGGAUGGAGAAAUAUAAAGGCCAUACAUGUGAAGGGUGCCAAUACUAUGGCGUUGCCGAUAUGGCUGGCUAGUGAGCUCUGGCUAAAUGAAACUGAUGUGCAUGAAAACGAGACAAAGCAUAAUGAGACACCUAAGAAGUCGGACAAAAAGAGAAAGUCGAUCAAGGCCUCUGACGAUGCGAAUUCGAAGAAGCGCAAGGUCGUUGACGCUGAGGAUGUUGAAGCAGAACUCGUUGCCUCAAGAAAGGCGAAGCUGAAAUUACAGAAGGCAAAGGCCCGAGCUGAGAACUGA